AACACUUCACUAAGACCCCUUCAACGCAACUAUGGCAUCCACCAACAAGACGGUUCUCAUCACGGGAAGCACGCGUGGCAUCGGCCUCACCUUCGUCGAGCACUACGUCAAGGCCGGCUGGAACGUCAUCGCCACGGCUCGUGCGAACAGCAACACGGAAAAGUUGACGGCGCUGUCUCCGUUCAAGAUCGUCACCAUGGACACGGCCGACGAGGCCUCCAUCGUUGAAGCGGCCCGUCAGCUGGAGGGCGUCGCCAUCGAUCUGCUCAUUAACAACGCCGGGAUCAGCCUACCGAGCGGGCUUUCGUCCGGCACCAAGCAGUCCCUGAUGCGUCAGUUCGAAGUCAACACCGUCGGACCGUUCCUCGUGACGCGCGCGCUGCUGCCCAACCUGCAGCUCGCUUCGAAGACCCACGGCUCCGCCUUCGUCGUCCAGCUAUCAUCGUUUCUGGGUAGCAUCACCAGCUGCACGACGAAGACUGUUGCUGCCUUUAAAGAUGUCUUCUACGGCUACGGCUCCUCCAAGGCUGCGCUCAACAUGAUCACCCGCGCACUGGCCACCGAGCUGCGUGAGAGCAACAUCGCCGUGGUCUCGUUCCACCCUGGCUACGUGGACACCGACAUGACCGGAGGCAAGGCGACGCUGAAGCCUUCGGACAGUGUGGCCGCGAUGACGAACCUCAUCGCCACGCUGACGCCCGAGAGCACGGGCAAGUUCUUUAACCUGGACGCUCAGAUCCCCCUGUCGGAGCUGCCGUGGUAA